CAUCGUCGGAAACCCACGGUUGAUUACGCUUCGUUCCUCUCUCCAUCACCCGUGGGUCCAUUCAUACCUAUUCGCUCGUUCUCAUGAAUAAUAUCUAAAAAUAUUGUCCAAUCAAAGUAAUCGUUAUAAUAACGGAACUCUUCUGUUUUUAAAGGUAGCAUUACUUAACUGCUACCACAGCAAAUAUGGCCGCGCCUGUAAAAUAUUGCGUGCUUUGCCAAAAGACCAUCACUGACCGAUCAUACAGGUCUCUAUCGUCAGCCACGAGUCAGGAACAGUACAAGGAUGUGUACAAACUUAUGUGCGUUCCAAGCAUAAAAGGAUUUGCAUGUAAUUCCUGUGCCAACAAGCUCAACCGCGUUCAAAAGCUCAACAACGAUCUGAAAACUAAAUUAAUUAGCAUAAAAGACGAACGAGAUAAGCUGUUAUCCACGUUGAAAGAUAUGACAGGUGUUCGAAGUCUUAAAGACAAACUGUCAACGCCUAAAGGGACAAAACGAGUGUUAAGUUCAUUAAAACUCACCCCAACUCCAAAAUCAAAAGUAAAAAAGGGUUUGUUUUUAAGUCCUAGUUCUUCAAGCAAAAGAAGAGUUGAACCUGUAAAGUGCCACGAUGAUAAAAAGAUUGAUGAGUGUACUCAAACGAAAGACCAGUCUGAGGAAUUUGACGUGAAGAUAGUAGUGAAGUACAGUGGUGUUGAAAGAUUAAAGAUUAUCAAAGAAGAACACGAGCAGGCAGCUUUAAAGUCAUUGCUGAAUAAUGCCUCACCUCGAGCAGUGCUGAAGAAUUUAAGUUUGAAUGAAAAUUACAAGAAGGAAAUGUUUGACAUUGUUAAAAAUGUGAUACUAAAUGAAAUAAAACAUAUUUCAAAAAAGGAUAGUGAAAUAUUCAAAGGACAUGCAUCCAACAAUGAAAAACUUAUAAAAUUUGACUGGAAAUGUACAAGUCAGCAGCUCCAACUAAAGGCACCAUAUCUGUAUUCAGUAUUUAGCAGUGUUGUUGGCUUGCAAAAGAAGAAAAACCUACCACAGAUGCUUACAUCCCUUGCUGUACUUUUGUAUGGAAGAUCACAGACCAUUAACCAGUUGCAAUACAUACUAGGCUUAAUUCUCCAGAAAUGUGGCUUGAACAGAGAGGGAAUGAAUAUCAUUCAUGACUUGGGAAUAACAAUUUCCCCUACAAGUCUACACAAGAAAACAAAAGAGCUUGUGAAGCAGCAAGAAAAUCGACUCCAUUCAAUGAUGACAUCUUAUGUUGAGGAGAUUGAAAGCAGGCAUGAGAUGGGGAAUGAAACUGCUGCAGAAGAACAAAUGGAUGCAGAGGAAGUUACAUGUAACAAAAAGCUGAGACCAAUUGAAAUACUAGGGAAUUUAUCAGCUCUUCUACAAAGAGAAAAGCAGUGCAGAUAAAGGGUCUUUAUACCAGUUGCGGAAUCUGAUUAAUAGACGAAAUGUUUCUGGCCCUGAAGAAGUCAAUUCAAGCUACAGAGCACAUCAUGACUUCAUAACAGACAUCACAGACUCGUACAUUGUUGCAGCAUUUCUAGAUCUCAUGCAAAUGGAGGAUUUGAGUUGUACACCUAAUCCGAUACCCUUGUUUUCGUUGAUGUCUGAUAAUCAGAAAAAUGAGUGGCUUCUGAAUGCAGCAGAAAGAGUUUUGAAUGAGCUGAAAGUAAGCAAAGUUUCCUUUCAGGAUAUCGUUGACGACAUGGGGGCUCUGGACGGUGAUGUAAAUAACCUUGAUGCUAUGAAGUCUGCUGAUUUCUUUUUAUGUGCAGUAUGUGGAAAACAAUAUCAUAAAAGAGGCUGGCUUAAAAAACAUCUAGAAAAGAAACAUCAUUGGAAAUUUCAUAUUCCGAAGGGAAACUCUGUGUGUUACAAUCCCAUACAGACUUUUCUAUUCAUGUCUUUGCUACACAGAGACACCUGCGACUCGUAUCGAAUGGGUGAUGGUGAUAGAAUCGUACGAAAUGUGUAUUUUGAGUGGUUAUUCGCAUCAGGACUGAAGCACUCAAAGUAUAAAAUCUGGCUUUUCAGAACUCUUUGCUACAUUUAUCUUCUAAGUCCUGAGCUGAGUUUCGAAUACAAAUGGAAUAUGACAGUAAAUUUAAAAGGUGGAACUGGACAGUGUAUUCCCAAUGAUAACUGUGUUGAGUUACAAGUGGGCAAUAUAAAGAGCCAGUUGAACACUCAGGGUUCUAACAAGUCAUAUAAGUCAGCAAAACAAAUCUGUAUGACUACUCAAGUCAUUGAUGCUGUAAAAGAGAGUCUUAUGUCGUCCACAAAAACAGCAAGAUCCAAAAGCAGUCGACCAGUGGUUGACAAGAUGAAGGACAUUGUGGCCGUUAUAAACUGCUUAAGAUCUAAAGACUUCGUUAAAGACUUAACAUGGUCAAGUUUCCACAAUUUUAAAGAUCCAAUCAGUGGUAUUGACUGUAAAGAUUUGCAUGAGUGGAUUUUUCAUCAGAGAGAAGUUGCCAAUCAGUAUAUGAAAUAAUGUAAUGAUACUUGAACAUGUUAAGUGUUCAAAAUAUCAGAGUAUAAAUGGAGUAGAUUGGGAGUUUACAACUAAGAUUACAUAUAUCUGAUGUUAAUAAAUUGGUAUUUACUCAAA